UUGUUGAAUAAAGUGUGGCUUAUCUUUUACUCAAUGAAAUCGAUGGACAGCCAAUCAAAAUCUAUCUGAGACGGAUUUUAGUUGUGGCAAUCGCUCGGUUUCGUAAACAUUAUUUCGUAGUAAUGUUCACGGUAGCCCCCGUUUGGAUCUUCCUUACUCUGAUCGUGGCGGGAUCAGUCGAGGGUCUUUGCCGGUACCGGAAUAUCGGUGACUUACCCCCUGAAAUAUUCAGCUACUGGGCUGAUUGGGGGUGUUACACAUACACUCGGCCCGACCUGUUUGCUGGUGUUCAGCUCCAGGCGUCCCAGUGCUAUACAAAAUAUAAUAACACGCAAUACGCGAUCCCAGGACUCAUCUGGGAUGAGAAGUGUAUCCCGUUUUCGCAUGAUAAUGAGACCAUCAAGAAGUCCGUGGAGAGGACGUUCCAUAAUCCGGAAACUGUGCAGAGAUGGAUCCGGUGCUGCUUGGAUGCGGAAAUAUGCUGCAAAAAUAUAAUGAUGAAAAGUGAGGCCAAGGAGGGACUCCACUGCCCAAGUACUUGGGACGGCUGGUCAUGCUUUGAUGAUAUACCUGCAGGGAAUGUCUACAGCCAAGUGUGCUCACAAUAUGCUUACACCAAUAAACCACCCCAGUGCCAUCAUUACAGUUCAAAAGUGUGCUACCCAAAUGGAACAUGGCAGGAGCAGACCGACUACUCAGCAUGUGACAUCACACCACGUCUAAUAUUCCGUACUCUGUGGCACAUGGCAGUUCUUUCGAUAUCCAUUGCAGUAUGCAUUCCUGCCAUCGCUAUAAUGGCCUUUUAUCCAACUUUGCACACAGAGAAAUUGGCCAUGGUUCGGAAUUUACUUAUCAUUCUGGUACUCCGAAAUUUCUUCGUAAUUAUCGUGAAAGGAACCCUAAUUCUCGACGAACUUACUGAGGUUGGACCAACGCUAAUGGGCAAAAAUAAUUGGCCAUGUAGAAUGUUAUCAGUCUUGGAGAAGUUCUUUGGAACAGCGGUAUUCACUUGCAUGCUAAUGGAGGGGGUUUACCUUUAUCAAAUGCUGACCAAUGUGUUCCGAGCAAGGCUAAGAGGUGGACUCCGGACAACGGAGCUGUAUGUAAUUGGGUUCGCGGUCACAACUGGAGUCACUUUGGCUUGGUCUUUAGCAAUGGCCUUGAAUGAAAAGAAACACUGCUGGCAAGUCACCGAGGGAACUGACUUCCAUUGGAUCUUUGAUGGACCACGGCUCGCUAUGCUGGUGGUAAAUUUUGGGCUUCUUGUUCGGAUCGUGUAUGCAUUGUGGAGUACUUUUAACCUGAGACAAGAAGAGCAACAUCCUGCAUUCCGAACUGCCAAAGCAGCGCUGAUAUGUCUCCCACUUUUCGGAGUUCCGUUUCUGCUUUUGGUCGUUCGUCCAGAUACCAAUGACUGUGCGAUCGAACAAUUUUACUAUACGCUUUACUAUACAGUGGAAGCUUUGCAAGGAAUAUUGAUAGCAAUAUUACAUUGCUAUUCAGAGAGGGAGGUCAAAGCAAAGUUCUUUGGAAAAAUCAAAUGGCUCAAACAGAAAAGCUGCGAUCUCUUCAGCAAAAGAGACCAGCGCUCCAGCUCCGAAAGUGCUAGAAGGCGAAGGCCCAUAUCUGAAAUAUCAAUUCCUCUUUUAAUAGGAAGCAGUACAUCCAGAUCUUCUAUCCAGUCACGCAGAGAGUCCGAAACAACCGCUUCAACUCUGACUACUCCUCAAGUGGAGAAUAAGGAGAGAUUUUCAUUCCAAUUGCCAAGAAUCCAAGAGGAUGAUGAAAGGAAUAUUUCUAGUGGCUCGAAUUCGAAUAAGUCACCAAAGCAUAGACUGAGCAUCGGCAAUAUGAGUAUAUCUAGCACCGCUGCCAAUUUGAAGCAAAUGCAGGAUCAAUUACCACGACGACAUUCAGCAGAUGAAACGGAGGCAGGGCGGUCUGAAGAGUUCUUUUCAAUUGACACUCAAGGAACAAUUUCAUAAAAGUAGUGUCAUAUUUGUGUUCCUAGCUGACCCCGCUACUAAAGGGGACAAACGCUAAAGAGAAAGAAGGCGAAGUGGGUGUGUUCCUAUAAAUGUGAUAAGUGAGAGUAGUAUAAGUUAGCAAGUAAGAAUGAUGUCUGUAUGUUUUAUGGAUGGUGACAGUGAUCUGGAUGAAUAGUGAAGAAAAGGCAGUAAAUAAUUUAUAGCUUCGAA